CGAUGAUUCGAACUCAGAAAUUCCAGUCGGCCUCAUCUACGUCAAUAAAGCCAGGGGAUAAAGACUAAGAACACAAUUUCAACCAGCUCAUUCCGCAACCUUCCCGCGAGCUCAUCAAGCUCGGACUCUGUUGCUCUCUCCAUCUCUUCUCUGGAACUCCCCGUAAACCUCCAAGCAUGGACAUCGGUGCGCACUGCUCCGUUCCUGCCUGUCACCAGCAGGACUUCCUUCCGUUCACGUGCGACUGCUGCAGCGGCGUCUUUUGCCUCGAACACCGCAGCUAUGACUCGCACGAGUGCCCAAAAGCUGGCAGCAACGACCGUCGCGUAGUGCAGUGCCCCGUGUGUAAGCAGAUGAUCCGCUGGACAGCUGAACAAGACGUCAACGCCGUGUGGGAGGAGCAUGUGCGAGUAGGCCAAUGCACACGCGAGAAGUUCAAGCAGCAGCAGCUUAAACAGCAGAAAAAGCCCAAGAAGAAGCGCUGCGCUGCCGAGAACUGCAGGGAAGUGCUGCUUACAUCCAACCAGUUCCACUGCAACAAAUGUGCCCAGGACGUGUGUCUUAAGCACAGAUUCGAGGCUGAUCACGACUGUGAGGCGAAGCGACAGGCUCAAAGACAGCAGUGGCUUGGUGGAUUUAAAGCCAGGAGUACAAGUUCAGCUAAACCAAAGCAGACGUCGCAAUUCCAGAAGAACGCACAAAACGCUGCAGCUUCUGUUGUCAAUGGCACCAAGUCGGCUGUGUCUUCUCUUGUCCAGAACGCAAAGGCUGCAAGCAGUGCAGUUACAACGAGCUCCGAGGAAUGCCCCAUGUGUCAACAGAAGUUCGCGUACGUGAGUCAGCUGAUUGCACACGUUAAUCGCGCGCACCCCGAUACAUCAGACUCUAGAAGAGCUCCUGCUACAGCACAGCCUGCUGCUCGUGCAGCGGCCAGAGUACCCGCUGGCAGCGAGGUGUGUCCACAGUGCCGCGCGAUCUUCCCGGACGUGAAUGCUUUAAUCCAACAUGCCGAGACCGCACACACUGGUGCCGUCACUACGGGUCGUGCUGGUGGAGACCAAGAGAAGUGCUCGAUCAUGUAGAUAUGUAACCAGGCGACUAGCAAAUGCCAAAUAACAACGAAUCUUUUUGCCAUCAAAUAAUCGCAACACAAUACAGAUCUAUGUCUUCAACGCGCGCUCAGCGGCGCUCGCCACUGUAAUAUAUUAUUAUAUCUUCC